AUGCGCAUACCAGCAGCGGAUCAGUCUCCACUCUUCCAGCUCUCCGCCAUGCUCCCUCGAUCUCCUCCCCUCCCCCCAUCUCCUCCCCACUCCCCGUCAUCUUCUCCGUCAUCCCCCUCUCCCUUCCCUUCCUCCUCCGUUAACCCUCCCCCUUCCGCCUCCCCCUCCCCCUUCUGGCGGAUGCCUCUCUCCCCCUCCCGCGUCUACCUUAUUGAUUCUCCCGCCUCCUUCGGGGCGGCAAGGGUUGACGUUAUCCUGUCCAGGGCAAUCAUGGUGGGACUUGAUGCUGAGUGGCGGCCUUACAGACUCCGACGGGAAAUGGCUGAGCUGGCGCAACAGACUGACGUGGCGCAACAGACUGACGUGGCAGCUACAUCAUCACUUCAAGCAGCAGCGGCAUCAGCAGCAACAGCAGCAACAGCAGCAUCAGCGGCAGCAACGGCAGCAGCAGCAGCGUCAUCUGCUGCAGACGUGCUUCUCCCCCAUCGUGUGGCACUGCUGCAGAUCGCAUGCCGCGUGCCUCUAGGGACAUGCAACCACCACGAGCGUGACAGUAAUGGGCGUGAUCAGUCGCAGCAGCAGGGAGGAGAGGAGCAGAACAGCGGGGUAUCAGCAGGGGGGCAAAGCCAGCCACAGCAUGUGGGGCAGCGUGAGGAUGAGACAGUAUCAUUGCCACAUCAGGCGGACAGUUUGCAACAGGCAGGCAGAGGGCAGGAUGCGGAUGGGUGGGAGGCGGUGGUGCUGCUGCUGGACCUUCUGUCUCUCCCGCCUUCUCUCUACGCUCCCCCUCUCCGCGCCAUGCUGUGCGCCCCGCACACCCUCAAGCUUGGCUUUGCCUUCUCAGACGACCUCGAGUUCCUCCACCAAUCCCUCCCUCUAUACCAUCACUCUUUCUCCUCCCACCACCAGUCGCCAUCCCAACACCAAGGCCACCAAUCCCCUUCCACAUACCACCCCUCCCACCCCACCCACCCCUCCCUUCCCCCGGGCGACCCCUCCCACGACUGCUUCCACCACGUGUCGCCCUUCAUAGACGUGGGCACGGCCUACCACCCCAUUCAUAGACUCGCCAGAGCAGUGCUGCCGCCCGCUUCAGGGCUGUCAGCUCUGGCGCAGGUGCUGCUGGGGGCGGCACUGGUAAAGGAGUUGCAGUGCAGUGACUGGGAGCAGCGGCCGCUGCCUCGCCACCAGCUGCUCUAUGCUGCUGCCGAUUCCCUCUGCCUUAUUCACAUGGCGCUCGCGCUUCUCCCCCUCGCUCUGCGGCCCCAUGCACUCUCCGCCCAUGCCCUUUUCGCAAAUGGAAAGGGGCAGUCCUCGCUGCUCUCGCGCUGCAUCCGCUGCAACGGAACCUUCAGGCCGCAGGCUCUGGGGCCGGCAGAGGCAGCAGCGGCGGCGCCGUGGGCACCGGUGGUGCCGAGUCACGUGUUGGAUCGAGUGGUGGAGUGCUGGCAGUGCUGCCAGUGCCAGCACCUGUACUGGGAGUGGUGGAGUUCUGGCAGUGUGGACAGUGCCAGCACCUGUACCGGGAGCUGCCAGUUUGAUCGCGCCAUCAAGCAAUUCACAGAGGUAUGCCAGCUGUCAGCUGUGCUGGCGCAGACGAAUGUUUCAGCCAGCAGUUGA